GUUACCAGCCUUACACAGGAGCGCAGGCAAAAUGGCCGCUCCGUUCACCAUCCCAGUCCAUAGAAAGUCGUCAUUUCCGUGCAGCGGUACAAUCCCUUCCUGGUGACCCGCGGGGGGCUCUGUCUUUUGUCUGUGGGCGUCCAGUAUACCAUGCCAGACCUUCUGGAUCUCUCGCCACCCGACAUUCCUGAACCGACCCUCCUAGAGACCCUGCUGCGCUAUGGAUUAUUUUGUGGCGCAAUUUUCCAGCUCAUUUGCAUUUUGGCUAUUAUAUUCCCUGGGAGCAAAUCACAGGAAAUGGAUUCUGAGACAUCAGAAGCAAAAAUCCCAGAAGUCUUAAGGAAACCCAAGACGGCUCCGGUGACAGUGGGGAAAAAGCAGAAGAAAGAGACAAAGAAAAAGCGGUGAAAUGGAAGAAAAAAACCCAGACUGUAUUUUUCAUUUUAUUUUAUUUUUUCCAUUUCUCGCCUGGAUUGAUCACAAAUUUGCAGUCGUUUUAAGAGAAGUGACAUUGAAUGUGCAGUAAGGCCAUGCCUGUAGCCACACGUCCUGAUGGUAUAAGGAGAAAACGCUCUCACUCCUCCUGUCAUCAUGUGCAUUACAUGGUGCAGUUUAUUGAGAUUUGGUUUCUUGUGAUUAGGUUACUUUUAGAUUCUCUACGUAUACCGUAUACAGCAA